AUGUGUUCGGUACGGUUGUCUUUAGCAAUCCUGAGCCUGGUGGUUUGCGCCGUUACCGCCCUUAGGUACGAAUCGACAUGGGAGAGCCUGGACUCUCGUCCCCUUCCCCAGUGGUACGACGAUGCCAAGGUGGGCAUCAUGAUACACUGGGGUGUGUACUCGGUGCCAAGUUAUGGGUCCGGUAAUACCGCCGCGUGGUUCUGGUAUCACUGGAAGGUGAAUAAAUCGCCAAAGUUUGUCCAGUACAUGCGGAAAAACUACAAGCCAGGUUUUACGUAUCAGGAAUUCGCGAGUGACUUUACGGCGCGAUAUUUCGAUGCCGCCGAGUGGGUUGACCUUUUCGAACGGUCCGGUGCCAAAUACGUGGUGCUAACGGGUAAACACCACGAUGGAUACACCCUGUGGCCAUCCCGAUACUCUUUCGGGUGGAACGCGGUCGACGUGGGGCCACAUCGGGACGUUUUGGGCGAGCUGGCCGAUGCGAUUCGGGAGAACGGGAAGCUAAAGUUCGGUGUAUUCUAUUCGCUGUUCGAGUGGUUCAACCCUCUGUAUAUUGAUGAUAAGAAUAACGCGUUUCAAUGGCGUAAUUUCGUAGAUAAGAAAAUGGUACCAGAGUUGAAGGAGCUCGUCAACACCUACCGUCCGGAUCUGUUCUAUGCCAACGACUGGAUGUCACCGAUCGAGUACUGGAGGACGAAGGAAUUGAUCGCCUGGCUGUACAACGAGAGCCCCGUAAAGGACACGAUCGUGACAAACGAUAUCUGGGGCAAAGGAGUGGAAUGCUUGCACGGAGAUUUUCGCUCGUGCUCCAACUUUGCCAAGACGGGUGUGCUGGAUAGGCAUAAGUGGGAACACAUGGAGAAACUCGAUAAGCUCAGCUGGGCUCAUCGGACCAAUGCCCGGGUGGAGGACUUUAUCAGCACGGACGAGUUGAUCGCAAAGAUCGUGAGCACCGUUAGCUGCGGCGGAAAUAUUCUUGUCAACGUUGGCCCCACGAAGGAGGGUACUAUCGAGCCGAUCUUUGCCGAACGCCUGGUGGAGAUGGGGCGCUGGCUAAAGGUGAAUGGGGAAGCGAUCUACGAAACUCGCCCUUGGUUGUAUCAAAAUGACACGAGCACCGGAAGCGUAUGGUACACAACUCCUUCCGAAAACUCUCUGUCGGUCUACGAAUCCUCACCAAUGAAGCUCACCAAGCGCACGUCUGUUGGCACCACGGUUUAUGCGAUCGUGUUGGACUAUCCGUAUGCUACUAACUCCGUGAACCUGGGAGUCUUCAGCAACGACGUGUGGAAGAUCGUGCAGAUAACGAUGCUCGGCUACCCAACAGCACUGGAGUGGAAGCCAUCCAGCGAAGGGAUUGUGGUGGAGUUUCCGGUCAAGAAUGAAAUCGAUCAGCUCAAGCUGCGCCACGGAUGGACGCUGAAGAUCACACUGUCGUCGUAGGGAGCCAAGCAUUGUAAUGAACAGACCAACGGAAUGAACUACAUUCUUAGGCGACGUAGCUUUUGAGCAUACUGGGCUUAUUGCUACAAAGAAGUCUUCUUCGGUUCAACUAAAUUAAAUAAAUAUUAUCGCUAGGUUCGUCGUGGCUUUGC